CUGAGAACAUCGUUGGCCAAUCAGGCAGGUGCGGAGCCACGCGCUCCUCCUCGCGAGUAUAAUGCAGCCCGCUGAGAGGCAGUCCACGCGCUCCUCCUCGCGAGUAUAAUUCAACCCGCUGAGAGGCAGUCCUGCAACAGAGCAGAUGAACAUGACCCAGGACAGUUUGGAGCGGAGUCCAAGACUUUUUAAAGUACACACCGUGCCAUCGUAGGUCUCCCUGAACAAGUAUUUACUUGAGAAAUGCAAUGGGUGACAUGCCGUCCGUUUACAGUGUGGUGCUCGUGAAAGCGCCUGGAUUUGAUUUCUUGUCCGAGAGAAUGGGGGAAUCUUUAAACCGCAGCGGAAUCCCCUCCAACCACUCGGGCUCGGACCCGGGCAGGUUCGAUGAGGGUUUUGAUAUGACGGCGGACGGGAGUCCAGCUCUGAGGAUCAUGAUCUCGAUUAUCUACUCCGUGGUGUGCGCUGUCGGCUUGGUGGGGAAUUUAUUGGUCUUUUUCCUGAUGAGGGUUCGGCAUGGGAGGAAAAGGUCAACGAUCAAUUUCUUCAUCCUGAACCUGGCUGCGACAGACUUCCAGUUUGUUUUAACGUUACCCUUCUGGGCCGUGGAUACCGUUCUGGACUUCAGUUGGCCCUUUGGAAACGCCAUGUGUAAGAUUAUUCUGUCGGUGACCGUCCUGAACAUGUACGCCAGCGUGUUCUUUCUCACGGCCAUGAGUGUGACCCGCUACUGGUCGGUCGCCUCCGCGCUGAAAGACCGCACGCGUUACACGCGCUGUUCGGUGAAGUGGGUGAGCGCGCUUCUCUGGGUGUCUGCCACCGUUGCCACGGCACCCACCGCUAUAUUCUCCACGGUUACAAACCUCGCCGGGGAAAAGCUAUGUAUCCUCAAAUUUCCCGAUGGUCAGCCCUGGCUUGCUCUAUAUCAUCUCCAGAAAAUCCUUGUAGCUUUUGUAUUCCCCAUGCUUAUAGUCACUAUUUGCUAUGUGCUCCUUCUGCGUUUCGUCCGCUUGCGAAGCAUGAAUAACAACAAUCACCCUAAGCGGAGGUCCAGAGUCACCAAAUCUGUCACCAUCGUAGUGCUCUCGUUCUUUCUCUGUUGGAUGCCCAAUCACGCUAUAACUCUCUGGGGCGUGUUGGUUAAAUUCAACCUGGUUCACUGGGAUAACGCCUUCUAUAUGGUGCAUACAUAUAUAUUUCCUGUGACGGUUUGCCUUGCACAUGCAAAUAGUUGUUUAAACCCAGUUUUAUAUUGUCUCAUGAGAAGAGAGUUUCGGAAAAUGCUGAAGGAUUUGUUCUGGAGGAUAUCAUCGUCCCCUACGUUGUCGAAUAGCUGUCACAUUCGCCCGUUUUCUGGCACACUGAAUGCCGAUAACGACAUUACUCAAGCGAGUAUCCCGCUGCACGUCAUUGAAACCGAGGAGUGUGGCUUGUUCGUGCUGGAGAACGGCCAGUGUGACCCGCUGUCUUCAGCAAACGGCUGACCGGAGGGCGCACUCACCCGUGCGCAACACUGGCCAAGCGCACGCAGAAGCUGCCGGUGCGGCCGGUGCCUGAUCUUUAAGGAUCACUAAAGGAUCGACUCACUAAGGAUCGACAGCUCGACAGGAUGCUUCUUCACAGUCAAAAUGACUCAAACUAUACAGCUUCACACCAAUAACACGAGCACUGAUAUGUGGACAUUUAGUAUUUGUGCCAAAAAGCAUAAAAACAACUUAAGCUUUGACUUAAAGGUAUUAUUAUACUUAAGCUUUGACUUAAAGGUAUUUUUUAAAGCUUUGCAUGACAGUCCAGUGCCUCUUUUAAAUGUUUAUAAAACCGAGGAAUGCGACAGACCCAUUAAUGAUCCAAUUACGCUCUAUCUAUCUCUAUCUACACACUGUCUACCAACACCAUCUCUUGUGAAAAACAGUUCUACUGAACUCAGAACCAGUAGGCUACUGGAACAUAGCAUGGGUCUUUUAUUAGCUCUCAUAAUUGCCUCAAGCGUUUCUGUUUCUGUUAUCAGCUGAACAUCGGUGGCGAGCAGGCGCGUGCAAACAAGAGCGCUGGAGAUUGUAAAAUGUCAUAAAAGUGUUUCCGUAGAGGGUUAGGGUUAGGGUAGCAUGGCAGUCACACUUUAUGAUAUUAUUACACAUUUCAUAAUCAGUGAGCUGUACCUCUUUACCCACUCAUACAUGUGCACACACACACAAGCAUGUGUGGAACUAAGCUUCAGUUGCACAGAACAUUUCAGACCUGGACAGGGCAGGGAUGCAGUUUGAAGAAACUACAACAAACCCAGUUUAUGAGGCAGUUACUGUGUUUACCGGGAAGUUAUAGUAUAUUAUAUAUGUAUUCCACCCUCCACCCCUUCGGUGCUCCUGAAGCGACGCUUUUGAUUGGCUCAGAGACUGAUGCGCUCAGAGAGAGGGUGUGGCUGAGUCACGCCGGAGGAGGCGGGGCUUCGACAGGCUCCAGUGCAUCACAAACGUCAUCAUCGUCGAGAGGGACAAUCCCAGUUCGGUCAUCGUGGAAAGUUUGUAUCUGGAUCAGCGUGAUCCACUCCAAUGUUCUGAUCCAGUUUAAACUAUGUGAAAGCACUCAAGCUGAUUAAAGGAGUAAUGUUAACACAAACUAACAUUAGUACCUGUGAUUAUUACUGACUGCCAAGAGCCAUUAUUCACCGAGGGAGGUGUGGGAUUAUUGCCAUAUGCAGGACAGAAUGGGCCACAUGAAUUGCUAAUCUGUGAGGUUAAACUGCAGCCUAUGCAGAAACUGGGCUAUGCUAAAUGUUAUUCUGUAUGGUACUAAACUCUAUGGUUCUACAUGUAGCCCGUGUACUCUUUCCCUAAAUGUUACAUUUAUAUUUACAUUUAGUCAUUUAGCAGACGCUUUUGUCCAAAGCGACGUACACGGGAGAGCUAAGAGCAAUAGACUGUGAAUCUGUAAUGUUAUUCUAUAUGGUUCUAAACUCUAUGGUUGAUUCAUGUAGCCCGUGCACUCUUUCCCUAAAUGAGGUUUUCCAUAAUGUCUUGCUUCAGGGUUUGCACAUUUCUAUCACAGCCCAUUUGCAGUGCACAUAGGUGAACAC